UGAGACAAAAAAAAAAACCUCAAUUAACACGCUCUUAAUACUCGUCAGACAAUAUAAAGGUUCUGCAUCUCCAUACAAUAUAUAUAAAGCAUCACCACCACCAGCAUCCCUUAGAAACUUCCGCCGCCGCCGCCGCCAGCUAGCCCCUAUAUAUGAGCAUUCUUUCCCGGCGUCAUUAUGCCGGAGAUCUCACCGUCCAACGCCGGAAUGCAAUUGGAGCCUGUUCCAGAUCCACCCUUCAUUGUUCGGGUAUUCGAGUCGGAGCACAACCACGUGCCCCACCCAGAUUACCGUCUCCAACUUCUCCGUCACCGCCCCGUCCACCUCGCCGCACGCCAGGACUCCAUUAAUUGGAUUCUCAAGGUCCACGCGCAUUAUCACUUCAACCCUGCAACUGCGUUUCUCUCUAUCAACUACUUUGACCGUUUCCUUUCCCUCCACACCUUACCGGUCGGCGGGUGGCCGCUGCAGCUGCUGUCGGUGGCGUGUUUGUCUCUGGCGGCGAAGAUGGAGGAGCCAAACGCGCCGGUGCUGAUGGACUUGCAGCUGUUCGACCCGAAAUACGUUUUCGAACCGAGAACCAUCCAGAAAAUGGAGCUCCGAGUCAUGCACGCUCUCAACUGGCGCCUUCACUCUGUUACUCCUUUUGACUACCUUGAUUACUUUAUCUCCGAGCUCCGUAUUUCCCGGCCGUCGGAUCCUCGCCGCCGGUUUGAAGAUAUUAUUCGCACCUUCUCGGAUUUCGUUCUCAACACCGCCCAUGUGACAGACUUCUUGGGAUUCCCGCCGUCGGUGAUAGCAGCGGCUGCCGUGAUAACUGCCGUUGGAGACGCCAUGGAUAUUCCAGAAAGCUUCUACAAUAGAGUAAAUAAAGAAAAGGUGCGGAGCUGCCACCGGCUAAUGGAGGAGUACCUGGUGGACACGUCUCCCAAAAUUGGGGGAAUGGAGGCGCCGCCGCCGCCGCCGGCUGACGCUUACAGCCCCUGCGGCGUCCUCGACGCGACGGAUUGCGGCAGUUGCGACACUCGCUCCGAAGAUCCCGCUUUAGUUUCCGCCACAUCUUCAGUCGCCGCGCCGAUCGCCGGAGGUGAUCCGCCGCCAGAACUGAAGAGACUAAAACCAUCCACCGCCGAUGUACAGGAAGAACAAUAAUGUCACGAAAUAUUUAAUUUCCAUAUUUUUCUUUACAAAAAACUAAAAAGAAAUUUUGGGAUUCGAAAAUAUUUUUUUUCCACGUCCUCGGGGAAUGCCACGUGUAGGACAAGGUUUGUGCCACGAUGGACUAAUGGCAGAGGUUUUACCGGUAAACCAUGUUUUUAUCUUUUCUUAAUCAUGUGUUAAAUAAAAAAAUGCUCCUUUUAUUCUUAAAAAUUCGUGAAAGGGUGGGAGCGGGUGAUGUCAUCUUGAUUUCACCGAAUGGAAUGGAAUGACGUGGGCAUUGUAUGGAAUGGCGGGAACGGAAAUGAAAGGUUAGAGGUGAUGAGAAGUCGCGUUGUGGAAGACAGCGAGGAUUAUUGAAUCACUGCCGUCCAACUGUAAAGGCAAAGAUUUUCGUGUUGGACGUAUGAAUAAUGAAAUCUAUUGCCCCGGAUUAAUCGGAUCUUAUCCACGUCACUUUCAUUUUUUUAUUUUUUCCUUAAAGAGAAAGGCAAAUAUUGUUGAGGUUAUUGCUUAUAAUAACUAUUGGACUAAGCUUUUGAGUAAA